AGCUUAAUUAAGUAGCUUAAUUUUAUAACAUGAUAAAUUUAUUUGAAAAAAAUAUUUAAGUGUGACGUCUUCCCCAAUUUACUUUAUUUCUUUAUAAUUAUUUUAUGCAAGUUUCUUGUUAGAUUUCAUGUGGGCAGUUGAAAUACAUCGUUUGGGUUUCGAAAUGAUUGGCUUAUGGCCUAAAAAUAAUACAGUCGCUAUGAAAAGUUUGUGGUCAAAACUUCAUGCAAGCAUUAUUUUAACUUUAUUAAUAUUUGUUUCUAAUGUUCCGAUGAUAAGUGCGGCUAUGCAAUCUUGGGGCAAUAUGGUAGUUGUAAUAGAUAUUUUACGUAUUGCAUUACCUUUGUUAAUAGUACCAUUAAAAUACGUUAUCAUGCGAUGGAAACAAACAGGAUAUUUUACAAUUAAUAUUUUUAUUAAUGGUUUAUUUAUACACGGUGUAAUAUAUGUAUAUCAUUAUAAUACGUGUAUAAAAUGUUCAAUAUUUUGGCAUUUUGACAAUAUGACUUUUUUAUACUAUAAAGUUCUCUUGUCGAUGGUGAAUACGAUGGCGGAAGAUUGGAUGGCAUUCAAAUCAGAUAUAGAGAGAGGUGUGAUGAUAAAACGAGCACAAACUGCUCGAUUAAUUAUGAUCGUUGGAUAUGUUACCUCCAUAAUCGCAGUAGUCACAGUAGUUACGCUUACUUAUUUUGGCAAUGAAGUAAUGUUUUUAACGAAUUUUACAAGUGGAAAUAAGGCAUUGCUGCUGGAUACAUAUCAUUUCUACGAUGUAGAUAAAAGUCCGCAAUUCGAAUUGACAUUUUUCAUACAGACCAUAACAAUCUUAUUAUCAAUUACAAUUUACAUGACUGUAGAUAUUUUUUUAUUACUAUUGAUUCUUCACAUUUGUGGUCAGUUAGAGAAUUUUAGAUAUCGACUAGUUAAUUUGGUCGCAUGCAAAAAUUUUAACGAAGCUUUGAACAACAUCAUAGCAUCACAUUUAAGACUUAUCAGAUUUGCAGACAAUAUUGAAAAUACGUACUGUUUGAUGAUGUUAAUAUCAAUAUUUUAUUUCACUAUAGUAUUUUGUCUAAGUGGUUUCCUGUUUACUGUUAUACUUAAUGAGAAAAAAAUGAAUGAAGCCAUUAUUACACAAAUUUACUUUUCAUCAAUUCAUCUUUUUAUCUUAUUGAUGAAUACUUUAGUCUAUUGUAGUGCUGGAGAGCUUGUAUUGAAACAAUGCAAUGAAUUACAUCGUGCCGUAUGCGAUCUUAAAUGGUAUAAAUUGGAAUCAAAAAAGGCAAGAAAUCUCGUUUUAUUAAUGAUACGAGCCCAUCAGCCUUUUCGCAUUACUGCAGGAAAAAUUAUUCCAUUAACAAUGGCUAGUUUUUGCAGCGUAAGAUUAUUUAAAAUUUUUAUUUUUACAUCUUGCAGAGCAUGCAAGCUUUUAAUGUAACCUAUACACAGUAAAAAGAUUUGAACUAAGUUUAACACAUUUCACAAACAUAACUAUUUUCAGAUAUUAAAGACAUCAUCUGGCUACAUAUCUUUCUUGCUGACAAAACAUAGUUGAAGAUCACGAUAAUAUAAUCUGUUCGUUUUCUAUUCUUGAACUUUUUGAACUAAUGCAGAUUAACAAUAAGAGUGAAAUAGGUACCUAAAUAUUUGAAAGUUAGUGAAACCGAAAAGGGACGUCCCAGUAUAGUUUAGUGCAAAAAUAGGAAGCAAUCCUAUAAAAAAUUUAAUACUUAGUUUUUAUUUAGGAAACAAAUGGAUGUUUUCAAAACUUCAAAUAAAUAAUUGAAUAACAAUUGUAUUUAGCAAUUGUUAUUCAGCAGAAGUAAA